GAGACCGUUGCCGGGUCGCCCCAGUGUGACCCCUGGCGCGUGCGGUUGGGGGCAACUGCACGUGUGAUGGGUGUUGAUGGCACCAGAGACCGACGUGAGAGUGAGAGCCGAAAUGUGCUGGAAGAGCCCCAGCCCAGUUACUGGGCUUGGCAGCGAAGGCUUGAGAGAGGGAGGCCGGCUUCCACAGGGAAGGUGGCCAGACGGGUCUCCUCCCUCCAGACUCCUGCAACAAGCGAAUCCUUCCUUCCUUCACCGGCUACUGUUAAUUACUCCUGGAGAAAACAUGCUGAAAACAUCUCCCUGUCUGCCUCGGUCCUUUCCCACCUGGGCAGCCCCUAGCAGAUGGGCUGAAGAAUAACAGGCCUGGCUUCCUCUGGCUCCUCAAGGAGCCCCUGUCUUGUACUGUCCCCUGCUCCUUUUUCUCCCAGGGUCUCUGGGAAGGGUAAGAAAGACUCAGCAGGGUUUGUGUGUGGUGGGCAGCAGAUGUGCCCUGAAGACUGUCCAGGGCUGGUGCAUGGAGCUGGUGACAAUUCUUUGGCUUGCCUUGCAGAAAACUCUUCUAUCAUGUCGCAGAAUGGAUACUUUGAGGAUGCAGGCUACCUCAAGUGUGACGCGGAUGAUGCCUCUGAAACCCGUGAGGAGAGCCUGGGGGAUGAGGCCUUCGACACGGUCAACUCCUCCAUUGUGUCUGGCGAGAGCAUCCGCUUCUUUGUCAACGUCAACCUCGAGGUGCAGCCCACCCAGUCCGAGAGUGAAUCGCCUGGAGGCUACGGUCUCCUACACACCUCCCGCAAGGUAAGUGGCCCAUUGACCGGAUGGGAGACAUUUGGUCCUGGGCCACUAGCUGGGGGUGGAGGUGGUUGCUUCCCUGAGAGAGCUCACACUGAUGCUGGAUCUCAUACUAGCCCAGGGCCCGGCUGCUGGGGCCAACCUCGCUGGUCUUCUCUCUGGGAAGCGGGUGUUGGGUCCUGGUGGGCAGGGUCAGCCGGGGACCACCACAGAGGAAGGACCCAGACAGCGACAGGUCCUUCUUAUUUAUGGACCUGUGUGGUUCGAUGUGUGGGGUCCCCACAGUACCUGAAGUUAAAGAACUUUGAGGAAGAGAUCCGGGCGCACCGGGACCUAGACGGCUUCUUGGCACGGGCCAGCAUCAUCCUGAACGAGACAGCCACCUCCCUGGAUGACGUGCUACGGGCCAUGCUGUGCCGCUUAGCCCAAGACUCCCACAACACUGAGCCCGACUGCAACUUGGACCUGCUCAUGGCCAUGCUUUUCACUGAUGCCGGGGCCCCCAUGGAGGGUAAAGCAGUUCACCUACUGUCAGAUACAAUCCAAGGGGUCACUGCUACAGUAACGGGGGUGCAAUACCAGCAGUCGUGGCUCUGCAUCAUCUGUACCUCCAAGGCUCUGCUGAAGCGGCACGUGUGCAUCAGCCGCCUGGUUCGCCCGCAGAACUGGGGGGAGAAUUCCUGUGAGGUGCGGUUUGUCAUCCUAGUGCUGGCCCCACCCAAGAUGAAAAGCACCAAGACAGCGACGGAGGUGGGACGCACGUUUGCCACGAUGUUCUUAGACAUCACCUUCCGCCAAAAGCUCCUGAAGACCCGCACGGAGGAGGAAUUCAAGGAGGCCCUGGUACAUCAGAGACAGCUGCUCACCAUAAUGAGCCACUGUCCGAGCAUCAGCACGAAGGACUACAGCAUGAGCUCCAUCUGCACCCACAGACCCCCGCAGCCCCUACGGCACAAGGACUUUCUCCCCAUCGGGAGGGGCAUCCGGGAGGACAUCGCCCGCAGAUUCCCUGUGUACCCGCUGGACUUCACUGAUGGCAUUAUCGGGAAAAACAAAGCUGUGGGCAAAUACAUCACCACCACCCUGUUCCUCUACUUUGCCUGCCUCCUGCCCACGAUCGCUUUUGGGUCCCUCAACGAUGAGAACACGAACGGGGCCAUUGAUGUGCAGAAGACCAUAGCUGGGCAGAGCAUUGGAGGCCUCUUGUAUGCACUCUUCUCCGGGCAGCCGCUGGUGGUGCUGCUGACGACUGCACCCCUGGCCCUCUACAUCCACGUGAUCCGUGGCAUCUGUGAUGACUACAAUCUGGACUUCAGUACCUUCUAUGCAUGGACAGGCCUGUGGAACAGUUUCUUCCUCGCGCUUUAUGCCCUCUUCAACCUCAGCCUGGUCAUGAGUCUCUUCAAGAGGUCAACGGAGGAGAUCAUUGCUUUGUUCAUUUCCAUCACAUUCGUGCUGGAUGCUGUCAAGGGCAUGGUCAAAAUCUUCCAGAAGUACUACUGUGGCCACAACCACGGGAACUACUACGAAGCUAGGUCUUCCCCGGUGAGCCUGCUGGGCCUCAGCCCCAGCCUCAACAGCAGCCUCCACGCUGCCCUCAACACCAGCCUCCUGGCCGGCCCACCAGAGCUGACUUCAGUGGGCAGCCAGGGCCCCGAGGCCCUGGCCCGGGACACAGCUGUGCUCAGCCUCCUCAUCAUGUUGGGGACACUCUGGCUGGGCUACACCCUCUACCAGUUCAAGAAGAGCCCCUACCUGCACCCCUACAUGCGUGAGAUCCUGUCAGACUGUGCCUUGCCCAUCUCAGUGCUUACCUUCUCCCUCAUCUCUUCCUACGGCUUCCAGGAGAUUAAGAUGAGCAAGUUCCGCUACAACCCAAGCAAGAGCCUGUUCGAGAUGGCCGAGAUGCACUCACUAUCCCUGGUGGCCGUCAGCGGCGCCAUGGGCCUCGGCUUCCUCCUCUCCAUGCUCUUCUUCAUCGAGCAGAACCUGGUGGCUGCCUUGGCUAAUGCCCCGGAGAACAGGCUGGUAAAGGGCACUGCCUACCACUGGGACCUCCUGCUCAUCGCCAUCAUCAACACCGGGCUGUCUCUGUUUGGGCUGCCCUGGAUCCACGCUGCCUACCCCCACUCCCCGUUGCACGUGCGGGCACUAGCUUUGGUGGAGGAGCGUGUGGAGAAUGGGCACAUUUACGAGACGAUUGUGAGUGUGAAGGAGACGCGGUUGACCUCCCUGGGCGCCAGCAUCCUGGUGGGCUUCUCCCUCCUGCUGCUGCCCUUCCCGCUACAGUGGAUCCCCAAGCCUGUGCUCUACGGCCUCUUUCUCUACAUCGCGCUCACCUCCAUCGACGGCAGCCAGCUGUUUGCACGCAUGGUCCUGCUGCUCAAGGACCAAACCUCGUACCCACCCACCCACUACAUCCGGAGGGUGCCCCAGAGGAAGAUCCACUACUUCACAGGCCUGCAGGUCCUGCAGCUGCUGCUGCUCUGUGCCUUUGGCAUGAGCACCCUGCCCUACAUGAAGAUGAUCUUUCCCCUCAUCAUGAUCGCCAUGAUCCCCAUCCGCUACAACCUGCUGCCCCAAAUCAUUGAAGCCAAGUACCUGGACGCCAUGGACGCUGAGCACUGAGGUCCUGACUACCAGGCCCUGGCCACACCCCAUUCGCCCAUCCCUCUGGGUCUUCCCAGGCUGGCUCUGUGGCUGUGUGUGGGUAUCUUGGGGUGCUGCUCUGUACUGCACCCCCUCACAGCUGUCCCAACUGGCCUAGGGAGUCUGGGCAUUGAGGGGGCUCCAAGGUGUGUGUCUGCUCCUCUUCCCAUUAGCCUUUUGCUUUGGGUCCGGAACUCUGCUCAGGGCAGCUUCUGCCCAGGGUGGGACUAAGCAGGACGGAUUUUCUUUUGAUAAAAGAGCCUGAAAGAGAAACCAUUUCCUUGAUUGUGUAAGGAACUUGCUGUAUGCACAUUAGAGAAUAA